AUGGGGGAUGCCGCCAACGGAAAGAGACUAUUCACAAAAUUCUGCGCCACGUGUCACACGACGGAUAAAGGUGGAAGGCACAAGAUUGGACCUAACCUAAACGGCGUUUUAGGCCGGUCAAGUGGGAGUGCAGCUGGCUUCGCGUACAGUGAAGCGAUGAAGUCGAAAGGGGUUACUUGGAACGACAACAGUAUGGACGAGUACCUCAAAGCGCCAAAGAAAUUCGUACCCGGUACCAAAAUGGUAUUUCCCGGAAUUAAAAAGGCUGAGGAUCGGCGAGAUGUUAUCGCCUUUUUGAACAGUCAGAAGUAA